AUGGACUACUUCAAAUCAUUUGCUCAAGAGUUAUUCUCCACAAACUUUGAAACACCUCCAUCUUCAAUCCAAUUCAUAGAUGCUGCACUUUCUUGUACAAGUCCACAUUUUGCACCAUCUUACACAGAUCCUAACCAAAAACGUAUAAUUCGAAGGCAUCUCGUCUCUUUUCUUCAAGAUUAUCUCUCUUUCAAGCCUUCCAUCGAUGCAUUCAUGCAUGACGAUGGCACUAGUGUCAACUUACUCAACGCGAACGGAGAGUUGCAACUCUCUUCCUCCACCCCUUCAAUCCCUCUUACCAUUUGGUUACAUGAAAGUUACCCUUUUAUAGCCCCUAUUGUACUCAUGUCAACAAAUACUACUUAUCCAAUUUAUGACAACCAUCCUUUUGUUGACUCUUCAUCAGGUGCUAUUUCAACAUUUUACUUAGUAAAUUGGAAGUACCCUGGCUGCAACCUCUCUGACCUUGUACACAAUCUUUUCAAGAUCUUUUCACAUAAUCAUCCUUUCUACUAUUCGCCUUCAACUGACGAUUUCUUUCACCCUUCUUUAGCUUCUAGGAGGGAGGCUGUUGACCGUCUCUCGUGCACACUUCAUUAUGACAUGAAAGAAUUACUCUCCAAGACUCAUGAAGAAGUUGAGGAGCUUUCAAGCCUUAAAGAACAUAUGGUUAGAAGGGUAAUUGUUGCUGAGUUUUCGGUUGAUGAGAGUGAAAAUGAAAUGAUGGAAUUGAAGGAAAGGGUGAAAAUCUUGACAGAUGAAGCGGAUAAACUGUCGAGUUGGCUAAGAGAUAAGGAUCAAGAUUUAAGUUCAGAAUAUAAAAUUGAGGAUGAAUUUGAAGCGAUUGACGAGAAUUCAAAGAUACUACUUGAUAGCAUAGCAGCAGAUAAAGCAACAGAGGAUUUGAUGUACUCAUUAGAUAAGGCAGUUGAGCAAGGGGUAAUGCCUUUUGGUACAUAUAUAAAACAAGUGAGACUUUUGGCCAAAGAACAAUACUUUGGUAGAGCUACCCUUGAAAAAAUGGGAAUAUCUCUCGAAUGGCUUCAUUGAUUGAAUGGUUUAUGAUGUGA